AUGCCAGUUCAAGAUAGAACCAAGAAAGAGCUCGAAAGCAAGUUCGGUCCCGUUAGCGAGGAGCAUGUAUCUGUCUGGGAAAAGCUCUCCAAGUUGAUGGAGAUUUUCGACCUCGAUGCAGAGGAGCUCUUCAUCAGAUGGGAGAGUUUCAAUGUUAGUAAGAUGAAUGAUGAUUUACCAUUGACAGUGGUCAACCUUGACAUUUUCCAGGAACAUCUCCAAUCUUCAUUGUCUAAGGGCACACCCUCUAUCAAAAAAUCCAGAGACUUGCAGUCCAAUGGCAUCAAAAUGAAGCCGAUGAUGAGACCCAAUGCGCCCUUGACCUCGAGUCCUACGGGUCCCUCUACUCCUAAUCUCAAGAGAAGAAAAGUCAACGAGCCCUCGUCUGCAUUGAAGCCAUCGUACCUCUCAUCUCCAGUCACUUACGACACUGCCAACGAGACCCUCCAAUCGUCGUCCCCAAUCAAAAAGCCUCCUCAACCAGAAUCCAACCCUGUGCUUGAAUGCUUGAAUCCCCAUAUUGAAAUCAUAGAAGCUGACGAAGUCCGUGGGGUCAAGUUGGCUAGUAAUUUCGAUGCGGGUAAAUUUAAAUUCCGUACAAUGGCGAUGAAGCUCUUAGAAUCUGCUGAUGUCUUGGAUGACCAGAUCGACUCAUAUGCUCAAAUGUUUCAAGACAUGGAGAUUCCUGUCGGUAACCCAUGCAUGAGUUCACAAUCGGAUAUACUAUGCACUGGAAGAAUUGUUCCAGACUCGCCUACAGACGACACUUCGUUGAAUUACACCCCCAAUAAAUCAUCUUUAUUUUUGGAAACAUCGAGGUUUUCGGGUAUUGGCCAGAGAAUACGUUUGGAUCUUAAUCAUCUAAAGCAAUUUUCGCUUUUCCCGGGUCAAAUAGUUACACUCAGAGGUAAGAACCCGACAGGUUCUACAUUUAUCGUGGAAGAAGUUAUUCCUCCUCCAGCUUUAGGUUUACCAAUUACUCCAAAGGACGAACUUGAUGAAUACAAGGAGCAAUUAGGUGGUUCACAAUUGAAAUUAUUGGUGGCCUCGGGACCAUUCUCCAAUGAAGUAACAUUGGACUACCAACAAUUGGCUAAUUUAACGGACACAAUUAAUCAAGACAUUAAGCCCAAUGUGGUUGUUUUGCUUGGUCCAUUUUUGGACAUGAAUAACCAAGCUGUCUCCAGUGGUGAGAUAAACCUUCCUGAUGAAAAGCAACAACCUCAGACAUUGGAUGAGGUAUUUAAAAAGUUAAUUACCCCGAUACUCAAAAGAAUCAAUCCAAAGACUCAGGUGAUAUUGAUUCCAAGUUUGAGCGACACUUGUAUCAAGCAUUGUUCAUAUCCACAAGAUGCCUUUGAUAGGAAGGCACUUGGGCUCCCUAAGAAUUUCAAAGUCUUCCCCAAUCCUUCAAGUUUCUCCAUUAAUGAAGUCUUAGUUGGCUGCUCGAAUUUGGAUAUCUUUGGUGAUCUAAGAGAUGUCUAUCAGGUGGAUUCGUCGAACCCAAAUAUUGGAGCCUUCAAUAACAGAUUUGAAAGAAUUACCAAUCAUAUAUUUGAACAACGAAGAUAUUAUCCUUACCUCCCUGGCUCAAUCAAGAGAUUAAAUGUCAACAAUGAUAAUAAAGACGAAUUGGCUAAUCUCCAAGGAGGAGUUGUCACCAGAGAUAAUACCAACACCACGAUAGGGGGUUCAUCGCUCGAGAUUCCGUAUUUAGGCCUCACAGAAUUGGGUGAUUCUUUGCCAGAUAUAUUAAUUUCUCCGUCAAAAUUGAAGUCUUUCGUUAAAGUUAUUAAGGGAGUCGUUGUGAUAAACCCAGGAUACUUUUCUAGAGGUACACAGGGGACUUACGGUGUGGUUACCAUCAAUGCUCCAGAUGAUGAGAACGAUGAUAAUGUGGAGCUGGUAUCCGAGGGUCUGGAUGUUUACUAUCACAAUGUGUUCAAAAGAGCCAGAGUUGAAAUUAUGAAGAGCUAA